CAUAAAUUCCCCUACUUUGUCUUUCUAAAAAUCGUGCCACCUCUUUGUAUAUUCUGUGAACCUAAUACUUGAUAAGAGAUGCAGGGAUAUAAGGGUUGCAGGGAUGUAAGAGAUGCAAAAAUGUAAGGGUUGCAGGAGUAUAAUUGAUACAGGAAUAUAAGGGAUGCAGAGAUGAUUGAAAACAACAGCAUGUAUAUUAUUGUUGGAUCUAUAGUCACUGCUCUAACAGUAACAUUCCUUCGUCCUUGACGGUCUAACGCAUACUAAGCUAACAGCUAACGUUCCAGCGGUUUCUGCAUAUACAUAUUUAUGAUGGUUACCUUCACUCCAGUAUUCAUUAGCUCGGGGUGGGAGAUAUAAACAUAUGUUUGUCAGUUUGUCCUUGCUAAAUUUAACGAUCUUCCAUAUAUAAAGCUUUUACCACGUUCUGUUCCCUGUUCAUCUAUUUUGUUUAUAAACUUCAGAUCGUUAAUUUAACUAUUAGUAUUUCACCUGUAAAAACUUUAAGACGAUUGAUUUCCUUCUAAGUUUUAUUACGUAUCUUAAGUUUUUAUUUGUAUAAUCUUCAUGUUAACUGAAACCUAUAAAAAUCAAGAAUACUUUCUACCUAUUUAAAUAUAUGAAAAACAAUGGCUUGCAAUGAUAUACAGAAGAUGGAAGUAAUAAACCUUGCUACAAAGUACCAACAAAGUUAUUAUGAACUUCUCCCCAAUUGGUUUGAAUAUGAUUCUACUAAUUAUGAAUAUAUAAGACAUCAAGUUGGAUAUGCUCUUUUUGGCCAUUCUCAAAUAAUAAAUCAAGGUAAUGGUACUUCUCCUCAAGUUCCUACUGGAAGUAACGAUGAUACAUUUGGUGGAAUUGUAUAUGAUAAAAAAUCAUGUAAAGUUAUCGACAAGAUAUACCAACAAAUAAUUCAGUAUGGAAGGAAAGAUAAAAAUAGCCCUAUUUAUACUGGAAUUAUAUAUAAUAUAAUAAUGAUACAUCAGAAGCCACAAAAGGAAAUAAAAGAGACAGAUGAGAAGAAAGAAAUCAGAAACAUGCAUUCCUUACCAGUGUUUAAGAUUCAAAAUGAUAAGGAUAAUGUAUGGUAUAUAGAUAAUGAAGGUAGAAUAUAUAAAAAUUGGAAGGACUAUUUGACUAACAAUACGUUACCCAAGUGUACUAUGAUUUUACCCAAAGAUGGAAUCUAUCAGUGUGAUCCAAACUGUAAAGUAAGCGAAUAUUCUUCAACUGUAUGGAUUGAAACAUUGGAUUCACCUGCUUGCGCAACUAAACGUUCAGUUCUUUCUGCUCUUGAUAUUGCUGCGAACACCAUAUCUUUAAGUGCUGGUAUCGGAUUGGGUGUUGCUACUUUUGUUACACCUGCUGGACCUGCAUUGAUAACUGCAGGUCUUAUCGUUAAUGGCAUAAGUGGUACAUGGAAUAUCGCUAGAAGCUCGCAAAAAUUAAUAGACUUUUCUAAACACAAACAAUCUAUUAAUCCUAUAAGUAGAAAUGCGUUUCCUGCGUGGCUUGGAAUGAGCAGCUCGGUUUUGGCAAUAGGAACCAGCGGAGGAGCGAUGCUUCUAUCCAGAGCUGCUAGAACUGCUGCACAAGGCAAGAGUAUAAGUACAGCGGUUAAAUUGGCACACGAUUCAAUGGUAGUAAGCAGUUUAACUGUCCAUGGGGUCGGCAUAGCGUACGAUGGAUAUUGUUUAAUCGACAAAUAUCAAGAGGAAAAGAAAAUUGAUUUGGCUGAUAUAACUAUCUUUGUUUCUCAUGUAUUGUUCUUUAGUAAUACCGUGAUUAACGCUAAAUUAGCUAAUCAGAUGAUAAGAACAUGGAAGGGUACCAUUUUUGAGAAGUUUAAGAAUAUUUUACGUAUCAAUCGUCUUAAGGAGGAAUGCAAUAAGAUAGUAAGAAUGAAGAACCCAAAUGUACAAAAGAAAUCAGAGGGUAUUAUAUAUGGAUUGAGAAAAGUUAUCAGCUCAGAAGAAUUUUUAAACAGUCUGAGCAGGACAAGCUGGAGUCCUAAUUCCUAUAUACACUAUCAGAAUGAUAAAAUUGUUCUGAACAAUAUGAAAUUAUUAGACCCUAUGGUGUUCAUUGGACACGUGUUGACGAUCGGUUCGGUAGGAUUAAACUUAAUACAAUCAGGUAUAUUGGAAGAUAUUCAAGGCACUGAUGAAGUAUUCAUGAAACUAAAACGCGUCCUAGGGCGAUUAUUAAACAGAUUCUAUCCAGAUAAAGUUACUUCGGAACAGUCGCUCGACGUUAAUAAUUUUGACGAGCUGCUAACAGAAAUGAAACAUGUGACAAAUGCGAAAGAUAUUUUAAUCAAGAUCUUUAAAAUCUCAACAAUUGUAAUAAGUCGUUGCAACAGCCCUGACCAAUUUUUCAAUGAAAUGAUUUACUUUCUAUGGUCAUAUUGUAAAGUAACUUUAAAAGAACACAUCUCAGAGACUGGCUGCAAGAUUAAGAAUAACGGAAGCUGGGUAUGCAACCUAUUACACAAUAUAGUUACAUGUAUGCACGAUUACAUCGAUACGUUAGGCGACGAUUUAUUUGCAGCCUUUUAUACGUACAUAUUAAACCGUGAAAGAACGCAAAUGUAUAAUUAUAAUGAAUAGUAAACAGUGUACGUAUUACUAGUGAUAGUGAAAGAAAAAUUUUUAUAUUAAUUGUAAGUGACCUGCUAGUACAAGCAUAAAAAAAUAAGUAUUUUGUGAUUAGUAUUAAAUAAGCGAAAGGUAUUAUUAGAAGAGAUAAAGACUGCCUGAGGGAUUAUUUAAUUUUUUGUAUGAAUCGAACGAUAAUGUUUCUGUAUAAUUUAUUUUGAAUGCAUGCGAGUAUUGCUUUAUAUUGCGACUAUUGAUAAGAUAAAAUAAACGAGAAUUUGUGUCGCACAGAA